AUGGCAUCAACAAAGAGAAGAUUAACAAGAGAAGAAUCAUCAGUUGUUUUGGGAGAGGAACAAGUCGCUGAAUUGAAGGAGGCUUUCGAACUCUUGGAUAAAGAUAGAACUGGUGUCAUCAAGAAGGACAGUUUGAAGACUUCAUUGAAGCAAUUCAAUAUCUUUGUCACCCAAGAACAAUUAGAUGAGAUGUUUGCUGAAGCCGAUAUGACCAAGACUGGUGGUAUUGCUUUCCCAGAGUUCAUGUCCAUGAUGUCACGUCGUAUGAAACAAACUAGCAAUGAACAAAUUUUAUUAAAUGCAUUCAAGACUUUUGAUCCAGAAGGAUUGGGAUACAUCCCAACAAAGGAUAUGGCAAAGGCUUUGUUGACCUUGGGAGACAAACUUACAGAGGCUGAGUUACAAGAACUCUUGACUAUUUGUGAAAACGAACAAAAGCAAGUGAAAUCAAAAUCAAACGAUUGA